AUGCUUAGCUCGGUACGUUGUGGGCUUGCCAUGCGUAGAACCAGUAUCCUCCAUAAUGCAAGAGGUCAUGUCGUUAGGAGGUUUCAACACACCAAUGAAACUUUGGACGCCGAGGUAGAUCAAGAUCUGCUUCUUGUUCGUCAAAAACAAAUGAAUGAUAGUAUAUCUGCAAGGUUAAAAUCAUUAAGGGAGGUUUCAGUUGAUGAACUAGAUGAAUUACAAAAAGUAUUAGAUAAACCUUUAACCGCUAAAGAGAAACAACUAGAUGAAGAAUUGACAAGUUUUCUUAAUGAAUUUUCUUCAGCUUCCUCUUUAGGAUCAUCUCCAUCUGUAUUGUCUACUGGUAAUAAUGAAAACGCCUCUAUUGGAGGACAAUUAGAACAAUUCCCAUUCUUAGAACCAUCCUCAAACGAUAAACCGUACACACCACAAGAACUAUUCUUAAGACAACUAAAACAUGCCAAACAAAGUGCACGUCUUGGUGCAGAUGUAACAAAAGUUUAUAAUCCAAACAAGGAUUUAUCCAAACCAUUGUCUAUUGAUCAGGUUUCUAUUACCAAAUUGAUGGAAGCAGGUGUCCAUUUGGGUCAGUCUACCUCCUUAUGGAGAUCAUCUACACAACCUUUUAUUUACGGUGAGUAUAAAGGUAUUCAUAUAAUAGAUAUGAACAAGACUUUAUCAUAUUUAAAGAGGGCAUCUGAAGUUAUGGAAGGUAUUGUUGAAAGGGGAGGUAUUAUCUUAUUCUUAGGGACAAGAGAAGGUCAAAAGAGGCCUCUAGAAGAAGCUGCCAAGAGGGUAAACGGUUACUAUGUCUCUACUAGAUGGAUUCCUGGUACUUUAACAAACCCAACGGAAAUUAGUGGUGUUUGGGAAAAGCUUGAAGUUGAUAUGGCUGAGAAAUCAACUGGAAGACUAUUAAGUGCUGAUGAAAAUGCCAGUAUUGUGAAACCUGAUCUAUUAGUAGUGUUAAAUCCAACUGAAAAUAGAAAUGCGUUGAAUGAAGCUAUGAAGACUAGAGUUCCAACCAUUGGGAUCAUUGAUACUGACUCAGAGCCUUCAUUAGUCACAUAUCCAAUUCCUGGUAAUGAUGAUUCAUACCGUUCCAUUAGUUUGAUUUUGGGUGUUCUAGCAAAGGCAGGUGAAAGAGGUUUGAAGACACGUUUGAACAAAUUUAAGACUGCUGAACUCUGA